AAUCGUUUUUGCACUUCCCUCUUUAAAAAGGACUCCAAACGGAUCCUGGCCUGGCGUGGUUUGAAAUUUGGAAAGCGGAGAGAAGAAAGGGAGUAGAAUGGGGAAGAAGAAAAGGGUCCCUGAGGUGUUGUGGAGGAAAUACGGCAGCAAAGCUUCCACUCUCCGCCGUACUAUCUCAAGACUCGUAAGCCCCAACCACCACCCUCUGCCUCUGCUCGCCGCUGAUGAUCCCCCUGACUAUCGCUACCUUCUGAACCACUGCUUCGUCGUCAUCUCCGACAAUGCCUCUCCUUCUCCUCCUCCUCCCUACAUCUCUCGCUGGUCUCAAUCUCAGAUUGUGCGGAUGAGUGUUGAAACCAUGUUAUCUCAACAUCGACUUGAUCGUCAGCAAAAUGUUUUAUGCUAUGACUACGACAAGUAUACACAUUCAAGUCCAGUCAUAAGCUUAUUAACAUCUCCCACUUGGACUCUUCUUUCCCAAAGGCUUGGAGAUGCUAUCAUGUUUUAUUUACUCAAAUCGACUUGUAUCUUUCUGCCUCUUGGACGUAAUAAAUACCAUCAAGUUACUGGCUUUCCCAUGACUCAGUCAGUCUUUAAGUGUCCCAAGCGUACCCAUGACCCGCCAGUUUCCUCAAAAAAGAGGAAAAGGAUUGAUGUUGAUUCAACAUUGAUGACAUCCAAUGCUGAUUCUUUGGAUGCUCAUGCUUUCUCAAGUUGUUUUGGAUGUGCUCGUCCAACUUAUUCUACUCCCUCCAGCCCUCCUCACGCUGAAUGUCGCAGUGAGACAAGUGUACAUGGAACUCAAACUACAGCCGGUGCAGCUUACACAUAUAAUGGAGGGUUGUCGAUUGGUGAAUGUCCAGCAACAGCAACCACCAGCAUGCCAAAUAAGAAGAAGCAUUCAAAGGCAUCUAAGUGGCAGCGGGAAAAAAGACGUAAGUUGUUGGCUUCGGAUGAGGCCUGUGAUGUAUGCCCAGAAGUCAAGUCCUUUAGCAACAAAGAUAAUAAUGGGAAGCGAUCAAGGCAAUACAGGUGGCAGCGCCACCAAAAACGUAGAUUAGAGUCCUCUCAAGAGGCAUCGAAUCUGUCUCAAUGCCCCAAACAGAACACAAACGGUGAUCUGCUCACAGAUCCUAGAAAGGUUACGUGCUCUUGUUGUUCCGUCUUCCAAUGCAUGCAUAAAGUCCGUAGAUCUCAGAUUGACAGGCAAUCAAUUUUCUAUAAGUUGGAAAAUGCAUCAGGUUUUCCGAGCAAAUACAUGUUGAAUUCUUUGAAACCCAAUCUAUAUGAUGCAAAUAUUCUAUUCAAGAAUAUAUUUGGGGUAUCCGAUGCCAAUAUCAAUUCUCAAGCAACGUGCUGCUUCCACAGCAAUCAUAGUUGUAUCACUGGAUCCAAAUGUUUGUAUCACUCACUUCUUAAGCAUCUUAAAGAACUUAUACGCAAGGCUCACUUGUGCCAACAUGGAAGCUUUUUGGAAAAGCAUUGCACCAUACCAUCUUUUGAUCAAUAUCCUUGCGAAUACACCAGCUCCAAAGUUGUGGGUCAUCUAUCUAUGAAAAAUGAUUAUGCCGAGGUAAAAGCUGGUGUGAAGUUUGUCAAGGAUUGGUCGGCUAGAGAAUCUGGUUGUGUUGAUGCUAAUUCAGCUGAGAAAGAUUUUGGAGGGACUGCUGUUCAUUUUUCUUCAAGCAAGUCGUAUUGCACGAAAGAGCAGGUGACUUCGUUUAUAUGGGCUGUUUGCCGAAGUAUUGUUCCUAUAAAUUUGCUUGGAACUCCCAAGGCCCAGAGAAGUAUAUGUAGGAAUAUUUCCAAGCUUAUUAAGCUACGAAGAUUCGAGAAAUUUUCUCUUAAACAAGGUAUGCUGAAGUUAAAAGUAUCGAAUUUUCCAGUACUGUCAAAUCCACAUGCCUUGUGCUACUUCAGUGGACACGUGGAAGAGCAGAAGGUAAAGACCAAGGGAUGCAAUACCGCCGAUGAUGCUGCUUAUAUUAUGAAGCAAAGAAUAUUGCAGAGCUGGGUCCUUUGGUUCUUUUCUAGUUUAGUAUUACCAUUAGUGCAAGCCAACUUCUAUGUCACUGAAAGCCAGCAUGGGAAACAAGAUAUAUUUUACUAUAAGCAUUCAGUUUGGAAAAAGAUAGUGAACGUAAACAUAGCAUGUCUGGAAGGCCAGAGAUAUGAACUAUUAAAUAAUGCUUCAGUUCUCAAAAUUAUAUGGAAUCGAUCAUUUGGAUUUUCAAAAGUCAGAUUUCUUCCGAAAUCUACUGGCGUAAGGCCAUUGGCAAAUCUAAAAGCUUCAUCAAAAUUUAGUAGAUCUUUACCUCUGAAGAAAUCUGCGUGUAAGAUUUUUUCUUCUGUAAAUAGUGUUCUUCAUGAUGUGCAUGCCGUCUUGAAAGCUAUACAUCUGAAGAGACCAGAAAGGUUAGGAUACUCGGUUUUUGAUUAUAAUGAUGUCCACAGAAAGCUAAUCUCCUUCUUGUCAGUUCUGAAGCGUGGCUCAGGCAUCAUGCCUAGGUUAUUUAUAGUUGUCGCUGAUGUAUCGAAAGCUUAUGAAUCAGUAAAUCAAGAUAAGUUGCUUAGUGUGAUGGAAGAUUUCUUCUCAAGUGAUAAAUAUCUUUUGGAAAAGUUUCAUCGAGUAGUGUGUACAAAAAAAUCUUUGCGGGUUAGUGAGCACAUUAUUUCUGGCCUUCAAGAUACGAGUGCUGGACUUAGAAAAUCCAUGUCUGAUGUUGCUGGUCCUUCAAACUGUGUCAUUGUUGAUAAGGAGUGGAGAAAAUAUAUAAAAAAGGAGGAGCUUUUUUCAACUUUAUAUGAGCAUGUAAAGCAGAAUGUACUGCAAAUAGACAAAAGGUUCUACUUGCAAUCUGUUGGGAUUCCUCAAGGAAGUAUGUUGUCCCCUCUGCUCUGCUCAAUAUAUUAUGGAGACAUGGAAAACAAUAAACUCCAUCCAUAUAUUAGGAAGAUUUGUGAAUCUGAAAGAGAGUUUUUUUCAGCAGAGCAUGAUUCUUCUAAUGUUGUAAUCUGGGAGGAUGCCUCAUCAGGAUGCCCUAGAUAUAUGGUACUCAGAUACAUUGAUGACUUUUUCUUUGUAUCAACUUCAAAAAAGCUGGCUUUAGGAUUUUUCUCGAGGUUACAACGAGGAUUUCCUGCAUACAAUUGUACUAUGAACGAGGGAAAAUUUGGAUUGAGCUUUGAUGUUGGAAAUAUGUUGAAAAUUCAACAAAGCAGGUUUCAUGUACUUGACGAUGGCGCUUCAUAUGUCUGUUGGAGUGGUUUGUUAAUUAAUUGCUGCACUUUAGAAGUUCAAGCAGACUACACAAGGUAUCUAAACUCCCAUUUGAGUUCAACGCUUACUGUACGCUGGGACGAUAAGCCAGGUCAUAGUUUGGAAACAAAGCUGUUUGAUUAUCUGCGACCAAAAUUGCAUCCCAUAUUUUACGACUCCAAUAUCAAUUCAGCAGCUAUUGUCAGAUUGAACAUAUAUCAAGCUUUUGUAAUUUGUGCAAUGAAGUUCCACUGCUAUGUGGCCAACAUAUCUGUCAUCUGUAGUUUGGAACCAAGAUCAUCCAUAAAGACCAUAUACAGUGCUUUAAGAUAUAUGACCAAUCUCAUCAAAAAAAGAAUGAAUGCUGUGCAUCUUGAUUCCAACUUGCAUCCAGUUCUGGAACUCAAGAACAGUGAAGUUGAAUGGCUUGGAUUGACUGCAUUUAUCAAAGUUCUUAAGCGGAAGGAACAGCGGCAUAAAGUGUUAUUAUCUUUGUUGAAAAAACAACUGCAGAGAUCUGACCGGCCAGAAGUAUCGUCUGCAAUGAAGUACGCAGUUGAUGAUUCACAUUCUUCACUAAUUUGGAAAAUCAGGUAUUAGGUGUUUACAGUUAAUCCAGCCUGUAGCAAUUUCUUCGAAAAGGAUUUACAAUGCAUCAGCAGUCAGUUUAAGUCUAAAGUAAUUUUUCAUUAUUAAAUUGCCUGUGCAAACAACUUAUUUUCUAGAGUACAUUUAUGUAACUACAUAUUUUCUGUAUUCUGCUGAUUGCAGUUUCUUUGGUAGUUCAUGCUUAUAAUCUGGAAAAAAUCUUUUUAUUAGUAAUAUCUGGUUUGAUCUUUUGUUAUUAUU